UCCAUCGGGCCCUGCGCUGCCAUUGCUGGGUUCUUGGCUAUCUCGGGUGCUGGUGGGAUGUGGGCAGCAAAGUCUCCGAGCCGUAAACUGCAGCGGGAGUAUUAACCCCUUCCGCUAGAGUCGGUGAUGCGAGGGUCUGGGCAGGGUUGUCUGUAAAAGUUAAACAAGGAUCAGAUCCUUUCUUCUCUCUCUGCUGAAAGAAUCUGGGACCAUCAUUUCUACAACCAGCUGUGCAGCAAGUAAACUCUGAAGUGCCAUAAUUCAUCAUCUCCCCCAACACGCUGCUGCCUCUGAAGGAGAAGAAUAUUCCAAGACGGCUCUGUCUGGACAAAUAGACAGUUUAUCUCCUGAAGCUAUUUCUUUUUGUAUAUCUGUGAGAGAGUGAGCGUGCGUUCUCCAUUAGCACUAUGGAUAGAAGGUGUUAUGGCUGUGCAUCCAAGUUUACUCUCUUCAGAAAAGAGUGUGGGUGCAAGAACUGUGGGCGGGCAUUCUGCUCAGGCUGCCUUGGGUUCAGCGCCCUUGUUCCACGUUACGGGAAUACUCAGCAGAAGGUGUGCAAGCAGUGUCAUGGGGAGCUAAGCAGAGGAGUGUCUCAGACUAGUACAGCUAGAUGGUCUCCACCAGAGAACUACAAAAAGCGUGUAGCAGCUCUUGAGGCUAAGCAGAACCAGCCGACGGGUCCGCAGAAAGGCCCUGUGAAACCCCAAGGUGGGGCAGGCUCCAGAUAUCAGGGGCUGUCAAAGGAGGAUCGAGCUAUUGCAGAGAGGCUGGAGAGGCUCAAGGAGGAAACAAAGCCCAAGUCUGUCCCGUCUCAAGCUGAGAUAGAAUCUAGGCUUGCAGCACUGAAGGAUGACCCCAGCAAACCCAUUCCAUCCACACAGGAAAUGGAAGAACGUCUGGCUGCCCUGCAGGGAAGAGCCCUUCCAUCCAAAACUCCCAGACCGGUGCACCAGCCCCCUGAUACCAGAACCCAAGUUCAACAGUCUGAUGACCUGUUGACACAGCUGGCUGAGGAAGUUGCCAUUGAUGAGAGUUAUAGUCCAGGAGCCCAGCCUCAAGCUGUUAAUACCCAGACCCUGAAUGAUCUCAAUCGGAGAAGAGAGGGUGGCAUCAGCACUGCUGAUCUGGACCCAAAACAGCUGGAGGAGGAGAAGAAUAAACUUCUGGCAGAGGCUGCUGCUGAGCUGAGGGAGGAGAACACUAGGGAGGAGAAAAUCCUAGAAGUUGCAAAGAAACUGGCAGCACUCAGAGGCCAGGACCCCGAGAAAGUUACUCUGGAAGAUUAUAAGCUCCCUGACAGUGAUGAGGAGCUGACUGAGGAAGAAGCCAUUCAGCGAGUCCUAAAACAGCUCACUGAGGAAGCAGCUCUGGAUGAAGCAAGUGGCUUCAACAUCCCUGCCGAUCAGGCCACCCACCCAGCAACCUCACAGCAGAACACAACCAAGGAAGCAAAGCUAAAGAUCCAAGCUCCAACUGCCACAGCUAGUGCUAAGAAACCCAUCCCAAUUGCUAAGGCAGAAGACAGUGAUGAGGAGGAGUUACCAUGGUGCUGUAUCUGCAACGAAAAUGCCACAUUGCGCUGCCAUGACUGCGAUGAUGAUCUCUACUGCCAGCGAUGCUUCCGGGAAGGCCAUGAUGAGUUUGACCGGAAGGAGCACUGCACAUCUAGCUAUCGUCCUCCUUGUAAGCAGAAAUGAGUCCUUGAGCUGUGAAAAGGGAAGAAGAUGCAAAACAGAGAUACAGAGGGAGUUGUCAAGAUGGGAAGAGUCCACGAGGGCAUGUGCUUGCUACCAAAACAGAGGAUCUUUUGAACAAUUUGAGGAACCUCUGUAAUUCUAGAGAAGCUUGGUGAAAAUGUGACUCCCCUCCCCAAGCAUAGCCAGGGAAACAUGGCUGGGAAUGAAGUGCAUGCUCUGCAUACAUGAGAGUUUAAGCCAGUGGAACAUUAGAAAAUGGAUGAGUUGAUAUAAAUGUAAAUAGCGUGAGUUUAAAACAGGGGGCAUUUGGAUGAUGGUAAAGCUAGGGAAAGAGCAUGAAUUUAAGCCAUUGUGAGGCCGCGUGAUGAAUAAUUUCCUGCUUUUGCUAAUAAUUUACACAUUUUGUUCAAAAAAGAUGACAAGGCAAGUUAAAUUAAGAAAAGAUAAAAUUCUUCAUGGCUUGAUCAGAUAGGUGAUAAGAAUCUCCGAAGUGUAAUAAAGGAAUGUGUGUAGGGAAAGCUCUUGAGAAUUUCUGAAAUUAUUUUACAGGGUGUCAUCCUGCAGUCAUGCCCUGUGACCUCAGUUCUAAUGCCAGAUGGAUCAAAAAAUGAAAUGAAAGGCCUUGCUGUUUUUUGAUAUACUCUGGCUGGAUGUGAGAGGACAUGAGGUGACCUAAAACUGUAGUAUUGCGUUGCUGGGGGCUUGCUAAACAGCAGCUGUGUUCUUCCCCAGUAGUGGCUGCAUUUUAUUGGUGGAUGAUGUCAUUCCUGUAUCUGAAAAGCAUUCUGGAGUCCGUCAGGAUGGAAGGUGCUUUAUAAAUGUAAAAUACUAAUAAUGAGCUGAAUUCUGUUGUCAAAUAGGUAUGUGAGAAUUCUGUUGAAGUCAAUGAGAGUUGUACACAUUUGUCUGAGAGCAGAAUUUGGCCUGAUUCUAAUAAUUGUAUCACUGGUAGACUAAAGAUACUACCCGCUGCUAUCUCCACUUCCCCCACAUAUUUCUGUUCCUAUGAAUGAAUACAUUAAAUGGAGCUCUAUUCUUGCCCAUCUCUGGUGCCUGUCCUGGUGCACGUCACAGAUCCCUAAGACCAAAGUCAUUGGGGUUAUGCACUGACCUGGCAAAAUUCACUCUCUCUAAUACUGUUCUGAGUAAGCCAUAAGUGGCUGAAGUUCUGUUUAUAUUAACAGUGGCAGUACCUAACUCCUUAGUACAGAGCUUUGGGAUAGCUGAGUAGGAAAGGUAUUGAAUUAUUAUGAUGUAAUGCUGACAAAAAGCCCAGCACUCACAAGAUGAUAAUAAACAGUUCCUGGUCUGAGGAGGUUAGUCUAAAC